GCCAUGUGGGUUUAGCCUAAAAAGAAGCAAAGCUGCACUUCCGAAAUGUUAGGAGUUGCUCUUAGCUCACUUCAGGGCCUAUAGAUUGGGAGCUGCUUUUCAAAUCAGAGCAUAUCCACUGAGUGGAACUGUAGUGUUUUGCUGUCAUUUUGAUGUUCUCAUCUGGUUUUCAUCAGAUCUGCCAGCCACUUCUGCGAGAAUGGGGGCGGGAGCUCUCGCCAUCUGUCAAAGUAAAGCAGCAGUUCGGCUGAAAGAAGACAUGAAAAAGAUAGUGGCAGUGCCACUAGAUGAGCAGAGGAGUCUUACCUGUAAAAGGUUCUUUGGAGUCAGUCUGCAAGACCUUCACCAGCAGGGACUCACUGAGAAUGGCGUUCCAACUGUAGUGGGGAACAUAGUGGAGUACUUGACAAGACAUGGACUCACUCAGGAAGGCCUUUUUAGGGUGAAUGGCAAUGUGAAGGUAGUGGAGCAACUUCGGUUGAAGUUCGAGAGUGGAGCCCCUGUGGAGCUGGACAAAGAUGGUGAUGUCAGCUCAGCGGCCAGUCUGUUAAAACUGUUCCUGAGGGAGCUGCCAGAGAGUGUGAUCACCUCAGCUUUACAACCUCGAUUCAUUCAGGUACUUCGGGAUGACAGAAAUGAUAAUCAGGAGAGUAGCUUAAGAGAUUUACUAAGAGAGCUGCCGGAAACCCACUACUCUCUCCUCAAGUACCUGUGCCAGUUCUUGGCCAAAGUAGCUGAGCACCAUGUGCAGAAUCGCAUGAAUGUUGACAAUCUUGCCACCGUGUUUGGGCCAAAUUGCUUUCAUGUGCCUCCUGGACUUGAAGGUAUGAAAGAACAAAAUCUCUGCAACAAGAUAAUGGCUAUAAUAUUAGAAAACAGUAAUACCUUGUUUGAAGUAGAGUGUACAGAAAAUGAUAACCAGAGGUGUGAAAAUCUGGCAAGAUUUAUCAUAGUAAAAGAGGCCAGUUGUAAAAACACCUCACCUAUUGUCCUAACAAAAGACUUAGAAAGAGACAUACAAAAACCAUCUCCUAAAACCAAGAUCCCAAAGUCCAGGAGUGAGGGAUCUAUUCAGGCCCUCAGAGUACCACACCCAGAGAUUUCUGAUGGUAUUCCUCGGGCCAGUGUGUGGCUAAACCGCAGAAAACCCCACUGGGACGACAUGAAUUCUGCAGAAGACUCUCAUGGUGCCAAGUUGGCAUCCAGUUCGCAGGAAGAUGAAAGACCUUUGUCACCUUUCUAUUUGAGUGCUCAUGUAUCCCAAGUCAGCAAUGUUUCAACAACUGGAGAACUCUUGGAAAGAACCAUUCGGUCAGCUGUCGAACAGCAUCUUUUUGAUGUUAAUACCGCUGGAGGCCAAAGCUCAGAUGACGCAGAAUCUGGAACAUUAUCAUCUUCCACCACAUCCGCCAGACAGCGACGCCGCCAGUCCAAGGAGCAGGAGGAUAUUCUCCAUGGCAGAGACCUGGGACUUGUUAACAAAGAAAAUAUUCCUUCUGGAUUCAGCAACCUUGAUGAUUGUAUAUUGAAUGCUCAGGAAGUGGAAAAACUACAUGAAAAUUCCUCUGGUUUUAUUGGAGAAAGUGGCAAACACAAACGUCAGAAAUCCAGCACAAAACUUUCUGAGCUCAAUGAAAAUCAAGAUGGUCUUCUGAAUAUGGAAAGUCUCGAUUUCAUAUCAUCUCAUGAGAGCACUGGACCUGAGGAUGUUGCACUGAUGUCCAACAAAAGCAAAGAAAAUGAAAAAGAUGGCGGGCACACUCAACAUUUUGAGAGCCCCACCAUGAAGAUCCAGGAUCUUCCCAGCAUACCCGAUGCCAAACUGCAGAGGUCUCAAGAAGCUGAUGACCAGCAGGAGAGCUUUGUCUCUGAUGUGCCCCAGCUAGACCUGACUGCAUUGUGUGAAGAGAAGAGCUGGGAAGAGCCCACCACCACUUUAUCCUCGUGGCAGCAGGAGAACGUGGACUCUGACGAGGCGCGCCUCUCCCCCCAGGCUGGGCUCCUGAUCCAUCAGCUUCUGGAUGAAGACAGCGACCCCAUGCUCUCUCCUCGCUUCUAUGCUUACGGGCAGAGUAGGCAAUACCUGGAUGACACGGAAGUCCCCCCUUCGCCCCCCAAUUCCCAUUCUUUCAUGAGGAGGCGGAGCUCUUCUCUGGGGUCCUACGAAGAUGAGCAGGAGGACUUGACACCCGCCCAGCUCACUCGAAGGAUUCAGAGCCUUAAAAAGAAGAUCCGAAAAUUUGAAGACAGAUUUGAAGAAGAGCGCAAGUAUAGGCCUUCUCACAGUGACAAAGCUGCCAAUCCCGAGGUCCUGAAAUGGACCAAUGACCUUGCCAAAUUCCGGAAACAGCUUAAAGAGUCAAAACUAAAGAUAUCUGAGGAGGACCUAAUCCCCAGGAUGCGACAGCGAAGCAAUACACUCCCCAAGAGUUUUGGUUCCCAACUUGAGAAAGAAGAUGAAAAGAAGCUAGAGUUGGUCGAUAAAGCCAUAAAGCCGAGCGUUGAAGCCACACUGGAAUCUAUCCAGAGGAAGCUUCAGGAAAAGCGGGCAGAAGCCGGCCGUCCUGAGGACAUUAAGGAUAUGACCAAAGACCAGAUUGCUAAUGAGAAAGUCGCAAUGCAAAAAGCUCUGUUAUAUUACGAAAGUAUUCAUGGACGGCCGGUAACCAAGAGUGAACGUCAGGUUAUGAAGCCACUGUAUGACAGGUACCGGCUGGUCAAACAAAUCCUGUCCCGAGCCAACACCAUCCCCAUUAUUGGUUCCCCCUCCACCAAGCGGAGAAGCCCUUUGCUGCAGCCAAUUAUCGAGGGCGAAACUGCGUCCUUCUUCAAGGAGACCAAGGAAGAAGAGGAUGGUUCUGAGGAUGAUAGCAAUACAAAGCCAGACUUCUCGGUCACUCUGAAAACUGAUUUUAGUGCACGUUGCUUUCUGGAUCAAUUUGAAGAUGAUGCUGAUGGGUUUAUUUCCCCAAUGGAUGACAAAAUAUCAAAGUGCAGCCAGGACACUGGACUCUCAAAUCUCCAUGCUGCAUCAAUACCAGAACUCUUGGAACACCUCCAGGAAAUGAGAGAAGAAAAGAAAAGGAUUCGAAAGAAACUACGUGAUUUUGAAGACAGUUUUUUCAGACAAAAUGGAAGAAAUGUGCAGAAGGAAGACCGCACACCUAUGGCUGAAGAAUACAAUGAAUAUAAGCACAUAAAGGCGAAACUAAGGCUUUUGGAAGUGCUGAUCAGCAAGAGAGACACUGAUUCCAAGUCCAUGUGAGGGGGCAACGCCCGCGAAGGAGAAGGGCUUGCUACCUGCCUCCCCAGUAAAUAGUACCUGUGGGGAGACUGGAAGGCAGCCGUGGAGCUGGACCUGCAAAUCAUUGUAGCCCUUCCACCCUAGGCCACGGGGGUUGGCUCCAGUUUCAAUUGCUUGCCUUAGAAAUAGCUAGAUGGAAGAAAAAAUCCUACCCUGAUGUAGGAAUUUCGUAAAAGAAAGUUAAGAUUCCCAUGCUUGUGCACACCCAUGUACACAUACAUACACACACACACACACACACACAGUAGUGGAAACUUUAUAACACUUGCAGUGAUGAGCCACUACAUUGAGACACACUCAUCUACAGAGAAUAUACACUGUUCUUCCCUGGAAAACUGAACAGCAAGAGAUCAUUCUCUAACUGUGAUAAAACCAGCUCAGGACUUCACUCUGUAGAGCGAACUUGCUGUGCAGGUCUGUGUUCUCUUUGGACCCAGUCAAGUGGGAACAUGCAUCGGAGCCCUAUUUGCUGCCUUGGCCAUUCUUGUGACCUUCCCACAGAGCUGCACCUUUCCCUCCUCUUCUGAAUUGUACCUACUCAGCUCUCAGGUAGAUGGAAGCUGCAUCUGCCCAGAAUGGCAGAAUAAACAUCUAUUUGACAGUGUGUUUAAGACAUCCUCAGCUAACAAAGAAUUUUGAUCCUGACAAGGCCUGGAUCACCUGCAGGGGACACAGGGAAUGUAGCUGUAGCUCUAUGAAUGUUGAUUUUUUAAAUCAGGUAUCAACAGGGUGAAGAGCCUGGAGAAAUCUUUCCUGGACAUUGACUGCAAUUACCGGUCUCGGAUUUUAACAUUGGACACUCAGCGAGGCCAGCAUGCUAUGGCAACCAGUUGGGGUUUGGUUUUGUUUUGGUACAAGCCAAAUAUGGGGGUCUUGCUUAAUUCUUAGCUUUAGACACACAGAGCCUGUGUUCUAGGCUCCUCAAUACUAACCAGAGUCUAAUUUUUUAAAAAGCGAACCUGCACUAAAACCUCUAACUGAAGGGAAAUGUAGCCCUCAGAGCUCAGCCCAAGGCAGAAUCUAAAUCACAUUAUUUUUGAACUCAUGUAUAAGGAGAAAAAAUAAUAGUGUGUGGCCAAUUAUAGUUUUUCAAAGGCUAUUAAAGAACUGUCUAUAUUAGACAUUUUGAAAGGACCAGGGAAUUUAGGACAUCAAAUCACUCAUCUCUUCAGUAUGGUAACGCAACUCUGUGAUUUAUUUCUUUUUACCCUUCUCUGUCUACACUGGGGAAAGUGGAUUGGAAGUCCCUAUCCACCACGUCUGCUUUGUGCUCCAGGCGUUGUGCACACAGGGCGAGAGGUAGCAUUUCUGCGGGGCCCUGCCUUGUGCAGAUGAUGAUGCAGGAUGCACAGGACCAUGGGGUACCCCUGGUAUUUUGAAAAUUGCCUUCUUAAUGGGCACUGUUUGUUUAAUAAGAAAAGAAAGAAAAUGUAAAACUCUACUGACGAAAUGUUAAUUUCAAAAAGGAGUCUUGAGAGAAACUGGUGAGAUUGGAAUUAUGGCAGCAUUUUCCACUGCUGACAUGAGGUAGCUACUCUCUCUCAGCUGAAGAUCAUUUAAAUUGGUAGUGGGGGAAAGAAUACCUUUAAGUUUGUUCUUAAAAACAAUUAUAUGGAAAAGGCCUCCCCUGGUGGCGCAGCGGUUGAGCACUGGGCUGCGAGGCUGCCCGGGGCCUCUGCAGCACCACCGGCGAGGGUCCCACAAAAAAAAUAAAAAUAAAAAAAAAUUAUAUGGAAGCAUGAGCUAUGUGUUGGAAGUGCCCUGGUUUAAUCCACACACAUAAGGGUCAUACGUAAUGCUACAAAUUUAGAUGUAUGUGAAAAUAGAGUUUGGUAUUCUUUGCUCUACUGUUUACAUUGCAGAAUGCUAUAAUUUCAAGGAGUUAUAUUAUAAAUAAAAUAAUGCACUUUAGGACAUUUUCUAUUUUUGAAAUCUGAACAUAAAUCAUUCACAUGACCAAAAAUCAUAUUUUUUAAAACAAAAUAUAUGUCUAGUCUGUUCUUUUUAAGUAAUUAUUCACUUAAAGAAGCUAUAAUGUCAAUCAAAUCAUUAUCAGUUAACUUUUAAAACACAUCUGUUUAAGAGUAUUGUUUUUAAAAUACUUAUGCUACAGGAUUUAAAAAGAAGAAAAGCUAUGUAAAUGAGAAGCUAGUAAAUAUUUUGAAAUCUUUUGUUUCUGCCAAAGGUAAAUUAAUAGACUUACCAGAAUUCCCAUUCAAAUUUAUAUCAUUGAAUAUGAAAAAAUACCAAGUUAUAGUAAAAUAAAUUGCAUAUGGAAUAUUGUGUUUUCCUUUGUAAUUUCUAAUCUAUAUUUCAUAGAAUUGAGCUUAAAUUAAGUAUGAGGGGGAGGGGCUGUUUACACUAGAGCUUAUCUGAAGACAUAUUAGUCAGGAGGUCUGGCCCUGUCAGAAAUGCUGAGGCAAAUUUGUUUCCAUAGCAACCAUUUCUGCAGCCCAGGGUCUCAGGGCCCCAGAGACAGUGUCUUAAUAGGCUUCACACAGACAGAAUAUUCUGAACUGAUGUUCUUCCAUUACUCUCUCAGGAGUGUAUGUGCCUCUGUGUGUGUGUAUGUGUUAACAGCCAACAAAAUAAAUGUCAAGUGUUAUUUAAUAACAAAGGUAAAGUAUGAAUAAACUUGAUUAUUUGAUUUUAAGAACUAGAGAUAACAGAGGCUUGCAAUUUACACAAGCAUUUGCUCUUAUUGUGUUCAAUUUAGAGUAAACAUUGAAAUAGAUGUUUAUAUUAAGCAUCGUAUCAUUACUGCAUUUCAUCUUUGGAUCAUUUCAUUUGGAUUUCACUUUUUAGACAUGUUUGUGCAAGGUUUAGGAUAAGGUAAGGCCCUGCUUCAGAGUUUUUCAAUACUGUUCAAGUUUGUCCUAUCCUGGUAGAAAAAAGACCACAUAAUCUUGGUGAUCUCCAAUUCAGGGAAAAUUUCCACAAAAGAGCAAAUUAAAUUUCGAACUGAAGAGUUAAUAUUUUUUAUUGCUAGCUAUAAUACAUUGUGAGCUAAUAAUUCGAUUUCUUCCCUUUGGUUGCCAGUUUUAAGUCAGAAGAUUAUUCAUCACUGCCAAGGGGAGGGUCAGCCAUGUCUGUCUCUGCAGCAGCAUGAUUUUUGUCCUGUGUCGUUCUGAUGCAAAGCUUGGGUGGCGGAGGAUAAUCUGUUACAGCGUGUGUAGCCACCUGGGUGCAGCUCCUAGGUAUGGAGUUUCUAACCCUGGACAAACCUCAGGGCAGUGUCAGGUCAUGAAUAGCACACUGGGAUGUGCUGGGAGCAAUCUUCCAACCGCAGAUCACUAAGCAUUUGAUAAUGUGGUUGAACUUGGAUUCCCUUACAGGAUGAAGGUGUCAGUCUGUUAGAAUCAAGCAUGGCCAUGUUGCCAAUGAAGCUGAUUCUUUCUGGGGAUGCUUCAUUUUCAGUAGACAGAAUAGGAUCCAGUAUCCACAACCAAUCAGAUUUUCAAGGGAAGACAAAUUUCAAAGUUUUUGAUUAACUUUGUGAAGAAAUUCUUAAUCUGAUCAUAAAGAUGCCGGUUUCCUUAAGGGGGACACCUCGAUACUUUUGGUGGAAUAUUUAUAGUUGAACACCACAAACGUAACUGCUUUGUAAAAAGCUGGUUGUAAUCUAAAUUCUAUUUUGCCUUCAAGAUGGGUCUUCCUGACACAGUACUCCCCGGGUUCUGGUAUUUUCUACAGUAAGGUCAACACCUCCAUGAUGUUCUUCUCCAGUAUCACUUGGUUAAAUCAAUAGGGAGGGACAAGUCUGUAUUAGAUGUUGAAGCCCAUGUGUUUGGCAGAGCUGUUUUUCCUUCUAUGGGUUCCCUUCCUUUAUUCCCCCCACACAUACACACUUGACCCUCAAAAUGUAUUAAAAGGCACAUUUUGUCAAAAGACUGGCUAUACAUACGUUUCAAAUUUUUAUACACUCAAAUUGUGCACACUGACACCUCUUCCCGGGGUGACUAACACGGCAGCCCCAGAUUACUGUGAUCUGUGUCGGGCACUGCACAACAGCUUUGAUCACUUUCCCAAGUGGACUGUGCCCUGUGGGUAGCCACGUUUUUCCACCACGAUCCUUCAUGGAAAAUGUAGUUGGCUGAGAUAGACUCUUAAAUUUACACAGAUGCGUAUGGACCUAGGAAACUGGACAUCUGCAGCCUCACAGUCCUGAACGGGCCUAUCGAGGUCACGCGUGCAACUCGAGAAAUUGCUUGGGCAGAUCUAACUUUCAACCUGAAAGCACCUAUACAAUCAUGACCAUCUCCAAAAGUGCACACAAUUUCCAUAAAUAAUAUGGACUCGGACCUGUGUUUACUUGACAUGGAAGCAGAAGUAUUUGAAAUUAGAGUUGUCCUUUUUUAAAAUGUAAACCGAGUGGAAAAUGUUAUGUACAUUUUUGUACAUUGCUGUAUUUUGUAUGAACUUAAAAAGAAAUAAAAUAUUUUAAACUGUGAAUGUUCUGAAAUUCUUCAGC